AUGCGGAACGUCUAUCGCAGGAUUCUAGAGGCAUUUGUGUGCGUCGUCUACAUCUGCUCACUCGGAUGGCGCCCCGCCAGUGCUUUCCGGGCGCCAUGCGUACCGGUAACACUGGCGGCUGCCAGCGUCCUUCAGACGCGCCCUUCCCUGCACGGCGCAGUGAUCCACCGCAUACCUGCUGUGUAUCAGACGGCAGUGGAUGUGGAAGAGGUAUCGCAAACAGGCGAAGUGGCGUCAGAGGGUGGCGACAUCGCAGGCGUGUCCAAUGCUGUUGCGGAGGAACCAAAGCCGCCGUUCGAGGACUUGGAGCUGUGCGACGAGAUCCGAGACAGCUUCAUGAAGUAUGCGCUGAGCAUCAUCCUCGGCAGGGCUCUACCGGACGCCCGUGACGGCCUCAAGGUGGUGCAUCGGCGCAUACUGUGGGCGAUGCAGGAGCUGAAACUCGGUGCCUCCACGGCGUAUCGCAAGUGUGCAAAAGUGGUUGGAGACGUUCUCGGACGGUACCAUCCGCAUUCGGACAAGUCUGUCUACGAUGCGUUAUGCCGACUAUCCCAACGGUUCAUGAUGCGCGUGCCUCUGGUUGACGGUCACGGCAACUUCGGGUCGGCGGACGACCCUCCGGCGGCCAUGAGGUACACGGAAUGCCGCCUGAGUGCAUUCAGUGAGAAUUUGCUGCUUGCCGACGUUGGGAGGGACACCGUGGACAUGUUGCCUAACUUCGACUCAACCGAGCUGGAACCAACGGUGCUGCCGUCUAAGGUACCGAUGCUUCUGAUAAACGGUUCGUCCGGCAUUGCAGUCGGCUUGGCCACCAGCAUACCGCCACAUAACCCGGAUGAGAUAAUCUCCGCGGCGGCGCUGAUGGCGAGAAACCACGGGGACGUCGACCCCGAGGUGCUGAUGCAUAUAGUCCGAGGGCCCGACUUCCCCACGGGGGGGCAUAUCAGCACCACGAUGGAGAACAUGCGCAAAAUAUACACCACAGGCAAGGGCAGCAUCAUGUUGCAGGCGAAGUACUCGUACGAAGAACGCAUAAAGCCGCGCAACUCAAAGCGAGAAAGCGACAUUGUCGUGAACACAUACAACAAGCUGUCUCAUCUUACGUUCUCUGCUGGCAGCCGGGUGUCCAUUAUCGUCAAUGAGCUGCCAUACAACGUCAGAGUGACGCAGAGGGAUGUGCUGAUGUCUAUAUCCAAGGCCGUGGAGACUGGGAGCCUGCGUGGAAUUUCCGACCUGCGUGACGAGUCUGACCGCAGCGGAAUCCGCCUCGUAAUCGACCUCAAGAAGCACGUGACAACGCACAUGGAGGUGGAGGAGAUAAUGAACAAACUGAAGCGCAUGAGCGGCCUCUGCUCGUUUUUCAAGUGCAACUUUGUUGCGUUGGACAGCAGUGGCACCAAGCCUGUCAGGCUUUCGUUGUACAGUGCGCUGCGGAUAUGGCUCGACUUUAGGGUACAGACAGUGCGUAGACGAACCAUGCACUUCCUUAGAGAUGCUAAGGAACGACUGCAUAUGGUGAAAGGCCUAAUCAUCGCAUCCAACCAUAUUGAGGAAAUCAUUCGCAUGAUCCGUGCGUCUCCGUCACCCGCGGAUGCACGCAAGGCGUUGGCUGAUAAACGCUACGGAGGUUUGAAGGGCGACCAGGCUUCCGCAGUACUGCGCAUGACGCUAUCGCAGCUGUCCAAGAUGGAGCGUGAAAAGUUCGAAAAGGAAGAGGCUGCACUGAAGGAGACGAUCGAUCGCUAUAACAAGCUGCUCAACGAUGAGCGAAGCAUCUAUGCGUUCAUCAGCUCAGAGCUGGAGGACAUACAGCAGCAGCGUCGGAAGCAUUACAACCUUAAGCGCCGAUCCACUACGUUGUCUGUUGCUGGGCGUCCUAAGAUAAAUCUUGCCGAUUUACUAAAGGAUGCUAGCGCACCACAAGACACCUCCACCUGCAUGGAAUCCGUCCUUGACGGGGAAGAUGAUGGAGCAACGUCUGAUGCCGGAUCGGAUAGUGACAGUCAGUACGAUGAGGAGUACGAUUAUAAUGGCGACGGUGAGAGCGAGGCGGAAGAUGAAAAGUCAUACAACAAGGACCCAAGCCUCCUAGUGCUCAACGAUCUCGGUUGGAUGCAGCGUAUCAAAUUCGAUAACAUGUUCUUCACCAGUGGGCGUUCACGCUCCAUCUACUCACCGCGUGUCUACCAGGCUCAGGUGGCGCAGUACUCCGUAAACUCUGAAAAUACGGAGCCGGAGCAGUCGCCAGAUCCGAUUCAUGAGAAGGUGACGCUGAAUUACGCCACCUGCAAACCUGGAGACAUGGCACUGCUGAUUGGCACGGAUGGCAUGUGCGUCACCUUCCCGGUCUCUAAACUUCGCAUUUGCAGCCGUGGAUACUCCAUGUGGAAGGCUCUGGACGUCGAGCGUACGGAGAAGAUCGCGCAUUUCAUGGUCACCUCCAAGUUAAGAUCUGCUAAUGCUGAAGACGGUGAACAUUCUGAGAAGAAAAAACUGCUUCUGGAAGACCCCGAGGGUUUCCUGAUAGUUGGUUUCGCCGACGGCGAGGUCAGUGUCAUGCGUUCAAGCAUCCUUGAAGGCAUACGCCUCAACAAGUUUGGCGUGGGCAAGAUGCGCCUAUGGAAAGACGAACGCCCGGAUCCCGUGUUCGCCUUGUUAGCGGGAUCCAAAGAUGAUAUCAUAUUGGGCACGUCACAAGGGUACGUGCUGCGUGUACAUGUAGAGACCCUGCUUCGCGGUUUGGACAACCGCGUCAGGACUCGCCGUAAAGUCAUACGACUAAAGGAAAACGAUGCUGUAACCUGCGGCGCUCUGCUGGAGUAUUCUGCCGCGGAAUCCAGCCCUGAAGACGCAGUAAUUUCAGAUGAGCAGCCGAGCGACGCAGACGUCAAUGACCAACCAGAGAACAAUAAUACCGACGAUAGCCCGUCGCCAGCGCUAAAACCUACUGAGGAGACUAGCCCGACCGGGAGGCACCUGAUGAUGCUGUCGCGAAGCGGCAAGGGGAAGCUGAUCCCCGUCGGCGAGGUGAAGGUGAAUCGCCACUGCGGCCUUGGUUAUGACAUCAUGCGGAAUUCAAAAUCUGCCAUCGACUCGCUGGUCGCAAUAGUGCCGGUGGAGCCGGAGGACCACGUGCUGCUGGUGAGUGAGCGGGGGAUCCUGGCGCGGAAGGACCCAUUUGCGCUGCGUCCGGGGCUGAGACACCACAAGACACGCAACUUCUGGUCGCGCAUACACGGCACGGACGUCGUGAAGUACGCCGCCAAGAUUUGA